AUGGCCUUCCUGGGCUUUGGGUUUUACUUCCGAGGUUUCCGCUGGACCAAAACCAUGAUCCAUACGAUCAAGGAGAUCAACGAAAGGAAAGAUAUCCUGCCUAAUAUCACCUUGGGCUACCAGAUUUUUGAUACCUGCUUCGCCGUUUCCAAGUCGAUGGAAAGCACAUUGUCAUUCUUGACAGGGCAGGAUGAACACAAGCCCAACUUUCGAUGCAGUUCCGGCGCCCCGCUUGCUGGGGUCGUGGGAGCAGGGGGAUCUGCUCUGUCGGUGGCCACUUCCAGACUCCUGGGCCUGUACUACUUUCCUCAGGUGGGUUAUGCUUCCUCCUGCUCCGUUCUUAGUGAUAAAUACCAGUUCCCAUCUUACGUCCGAGUAAUGGCAAGUGAUCAGAGACAAUCUCACGCAAUAGUACAACUUAUCAAAUAUUUUGGGUGGGUCUGGAUAGGUGCCAUAGCCGCUGAUGAUGACUAUGGGAAGUACGGCAUUAAAGUUUUCAAAGAGGAAAUUGAGAAGGUUAAUCUCUGCGUGGCGUUCUCUGAAACCAUCCCCAAGAUCUACUCCAAGGCAAAAAUGCAGAAUGCCAUCUGGGCCAUCAAAAACUCCACAGCCAAGGUCAUCGUGCUUUACUCCUCAGAUAUUGACCUCAGUCCUUUUCUGUUGGAAAUUGAAUACCACGACAUAAGAGGCCGAACGUGGAUAGCCAGCGAGGCCUGGAUAACAUCCUCCCUCAUCGCCAAGCCGGAAUACUUCCCCUAUCUCGGGGGAACCAUUGGGUUUGCCGUGCCCAGAGCCGACAUAAAAGGCUUAAAGGAGUUUCUUUAUGACAUUCAUCCCAACAAGGAUCCCAACGAUAACAUUACGAUUGAGUUCUGGCAGACUGCUUUCAACUGUACCUGGCCCAACAGCAGCGUGCCCUAUAAUUCUGACCACAGGGUCAACAUGACUGGACAAGAGAACCAAAUUUAUUUUACGUCUGAUAAACUCUGUACUGGAGAGGAGAAGUUAGAGGACCUGGAAAAUACCUACUUGGAUGUGUCCCAGCUCCGGAUAACAAACAACGUGAAGAAUGCAGUCUAUGCUUUGGCUUACGCGCUGGAUGAAAUGAGUCGAUGUGAAGAGGGACGAGGACCUUAUAUACCGGGAAACACAUGUGCCUAUUUGGAAGACUUUGAGCCGUGGCAGUUAAUGUAUUAUAUGAAGAUACUUAAAUUUCAAACCCACAAUAAUGAAACAUUGGCACUUAAUGAAGAUGGAGAUAUAACUGGAUAUUAUGACCUCUUGAACUGGCAACUAAAUGAUGCUGGGAAAAUUGACUUUGUGAAGUUUGGAACAUACAGUUUCACUGCGUCGAAAUUUGAGUUACUGGUAGAUAAUGGAUCCGUAUAUUGGCACACUGAAACAUUGGAGCCCCCCACAUCAGUGUGCACUGAGCUGUGUAGACCUGGAACCAGGAAGGGGAUUCGCCAAGGGGAGCCCAUAUGCUGUUUUGAUUGUAUCCCAUGUGCCGAUGGUCAUGUGUCCCUUAAGCCAGGUUCCAGGGAAUGCAGCAAAUGCCAUGAGGAUUACUGGUCCAAUGAGGACAACAGCGACUGUGUGCUGAAAGAGGUGGAAUUCCUGGCUUACGGUGAAGCCUUAGGCAUUACCCUCGUGACCCUGUCCAUCUUUAGCGCGCUGGUGGUCCUGGCCGUGACAGUUGUGUAUGUGGUUUAUAGGAAAACCCCCCUGGCCAAAGCCAAUGACCGGGAGUUGAGUUUUCUCCUCCAGCUUUCUCUCAUCAUCAUCCUCCUUACUUCUCUCCUCUUCAUUGGCAAGCCCUACGACUGGUCUUGCAAGGCCCGCCAGGUGACGCUGGCUUUGGGCUUUUCUCUUUGUCUCUCCUGCAUUUUGGGUAAAACCAUUAGAUUAUAUUCAUCCCAUAGAGCAUCCAACUCAAAAGUCAGAUUUACAUCUGUCCCGCCCAUUUGUCAAAAGCUCAUCGUGCUCUUUUCGGUUCUCAUCGAGAUGGGCCUUUGCACCGCCUAUUUGGUAAUAAUGCCCCCUAAACUGUACAAAAACAUGGAGUCCCAGACCAUUAAGAUCAUCCUGGAAUGUAACGAAGGGUCCAUUGAGUUGUUGUGCUCGGUAUUUGGAUUCGACGUCUUUCUGGCCCUUCUCUGCUUCCUGACCACCUUUGUCGCCCGCAAACUGCCUGAUAAUUAUAACGAGGCAAAAUGCGUCACAUUCGGGAUGCUGGUGUUCUUUAUCGUCUGGAUCUCUUUCGUCCCCGCUUACUUAAGCACCAAGGGCAAGUUCAAAGUGGCCGUGGAAAUCUUCGCCAUCCUGGCGUCGAGCAUCGGUUUACUCGGUUGUAUAUUCGCCCCCAAGUGCUACAUCAUCCUGAUUCGGCCCAAGAGAAACACAGAUGAGAUUGUGGGUGGGCAGGUCCCUACCACUGACAAGAGCAUCCAGCUGACGUCGGCCUCUGUCAGCAGUGAGAUGAACGUCACGGUAUCUACAGUUGUACUUGAUGACUGAUCCAGGCUGGAGUCUUAUUUCCAAAUUUCAAUGCUGAUUUGCUUUCCUCUCCUGUUCUUACUACCAGGAAUUGGGCAUUUCCACUUCACUGCUUUUUGAUUACUUUAGGGGAGAUAUUGAGUUAGGCACUGGUGGGUUAAUUUUUCACCUAGAACAUGGGCCUUCCCACCAGAAUGUUCACACAGGCAGGGAAAGUAGCACAAGCAGACCUUCUAAACAUUCAUAUUUGGUUGUUUGGGGUUUGGUGUUCCCAUGGCGAAUAAAGGAGUUGAUGGGGAAGGAAUAUACAAUUGGGUCCACUUAGCAUGCAAUUAUAGUCAGAACAAAUCUGAGCGUAAAGGAUCCAAAAUUCUGUCAAAUAACAAAUUAUUUGCAUUUGGCAGAAUUUAAUUUUGCCCAUUAGUUGCAAGGCCCAACGUGUUUUAAAUCGCCUCUAUAUCCCACAACCACUUGCAGAUACCCCUUGGUGAAUUCUUGUACACGGUCUAUUUGUUGUAGUUGGCUAAUCUCUGGCAACCGCCAUUAAUGAUGAGGCCAUUGGAGGGAAACUUUAUUUUAUUUUCUAGGUUUUUGUCUCAAUCUAAUUGAAAUAUUGGAAAGAAAUAUGUGCUCCUGGUCUUUUCCUUGGAUGAACAUGGCACUUUGAAAUAAACCAAAUGGAGAAAAUGCUGUAAGAA